UGCCUGUGCAGCAGAUUUGAAUUGUUAGCGUGGUUGUUUUUUUUUCUCUCUCAUGUCGCAGCUUGAAUGCGGAGCAAAAACUAUUUGAGUUAUUGUGGGAACUUCAGGUUUGCAGCUUUACUCAUUAAAUUUACAACGAGCCCGAGUUAAAUGUUGAGAGAACUAAAUUUAGAUGUUUAAAACUACUUUUAAACCUGGCUACUUUAGCUGUAAAACCAACAGUCUAGCAUUAGCUAGUUUUAAAUAGAGCGAAUUACUUGCACCAGCUACAGUCUCCCCGCUGUUUGUCAGUGUUUGUGUAUAAACAGUUUUAUAGUUUAUAUCUGAAUUGGGUCCGCUGCUGAUCGACAGCGACUUUUCUCCCCAGAGAGGAACUAAGUUCGGGAUGGAGGGCCGAGCUAACAACGGUGUGUUCUUUCUUAUUGAUGAGGAGUUCGAUUUUGAUGUUUCUCUGUCCCCUGCCAGUUCCACAGGCGGCGAAGAUGAGGAUGAGGUGUUUGUGGGUCCAGUGACCCAUAAGGAAACAUGUGUCUCUGUUCACGUGUCAUCUCAAAUCCAAGACGGUGGUGGUGUGCGGGUGAGCUGGAGCCCACUCACUGGAGAUCAGCUAGAUGCUGUGUGUCAGGAAGCCCACAGACUAGCUACCGAGUUGCAAAGUGGAGAAACCAACACCUCGCACACCAAAAAUGAAGAGACCACCGACACCAUAAUGGACAAAGAGGAGUUCAUCCAGGAUGCGGCAGACAAACUGGGGAUGCUCACUCAGGCUGCCAGAGCCCUCAGCCCCAUCAAACGUGAGACUUUCUGUGUGCAGGACAGUCCCAUGAAGCAGUUGCCUCCUGCUAUCCAGCGCCACCUACAGAGAGGAAGCAAAACUAAUACUUCGUCCUCCUUGGCCACUGCCACCAGCACUGUUUUAGCCUCCAGGGCUAAUGUCAGGGCCGCAGCCUCCUCCACACGACUAACGGCAAGACUCAACACUUCCAGCCCCGUAACCGUGAACAAAGUUCAACCCAAGAUGUCGCUGCGAGGGAAAGCAUCACUUGGGGUCGGUGCUGUGCUGCCCAGCAAACCAGCUGUUCUAACAUCUUUAUGUUCCACCAGCAAAAACAAAGUGGAGAAAGCCAGACUGCAGCUACCGAGCAAAUCUGUUGGGAGUUUGAGAGGGAGCCCAGUACGUCAUGCCUCCAGCAGGGCUGAGUCAUAUGAGGAUCUGCUCUCUGAUUCUACAAGUGUUGCCUCAGACAUUAGCGAUUCCUCCCUCAACUCCAGCCUAGUGGGUAAACGCACACUGGCUCCCCCGACCAAGGGCACGGUGAGAAAACCAUUAGGUGUGAAAGCUCCAGCUCUACAGAGCAGGAGGGUGACAGACAGGAAAAACACCUCCUCAUCGUCAUCCUCGGUCUCUAGUUUCAACUCCAGCAUAUCUCUGUCUCCUGCUAAAGGUAAAAUCAACUCUUCUCUCAACCGGAGUCUAAAUGGCUCAACUUGCAUUACCAGAGCAGCCAAUCCAAGCAGGCCACGCCGCUCCACGGUCAACGUUACCACUGAGUCUGUGUCCUCCACCAUCAGUCGCCGCUCAUUCUCCACCCAAGCCAAGAAGCUGCCUGAGGUGGAGCGUGCUAAAGCUGCCCGGUCUACACCACUGAAGAGAGCGGACGCUGUGCCUGUCCAGGCGACCCCUCCCAGGAGGGUUUUGGAGAGAACCACAACAAUCCCCCCCACGGCAUCAGUCCGAAUGCAGAGUGCAAUAAAGGUCAAACCUCAGCCUCUGGUCAUACCGACGCCCACUGGAGGAGUCAAGGGGGUUCGCAGUGGAGAUGAUGCCUUAAAGAUGAUGAAACCAAAGAGACUAAUGUCAGCAGGCUGUCUGAGCAGUCUCCCUCAGAAGCCUGCUGCUGCUCUGCUGACUCCUUCUGCUAGCGAAUCCAGGUUGCUGCAGGUGAAGGCACGGCGUCCCUCUGGCCUCCCGACUCCAGUGAGGCACAAGACAUCAGCUAUUCCAACACCCACAAGCCACAAACUGUCCCCCAGGCUGCUGCCUGCCUCUGACCCUGCCCCCAGCUCCGCCGGGAAGAAGAACAGCUGCAGCCCUGUCCGUGCAGAGACACGGGAAGUAGAGACUGGUGCCCCUGAGAUCAAGCCCUUCUCCCUUGAGGAGGAGGAGGAGCUGACAACGCUACCUGCUGCCCCAUCUCACUGCUCCCCAGAGCCUGAAUGUUUAGGCAGCACAGAUUCUGACACUUUGACUCAGAACCAGACAGAGCCUGCCAGAAACCUGAUUGAACUGGAGAGUACAGAGGAAAGCAACAGCAAUACACAGGAGGUUCUUUUGUUAGAUCUUCCAGCUCCAGCUCUGCAUCUUCAAGAGAAACUGCUCAUUGAUUUGACCAACACCCCUGACCUGAUUCGAACCAGUGGCAAGACCUGCACCACAAGCCAGUUGAUCGACCUGAGCUCCCCCCUUAUUAAGUGGAGUCCAGAAGACAAGAAGGAAAACAACGCUCCGCUCAUCAACCUGUCAUUCUGAUCCACAGCUGAUGGUCUCUGCACUAAACUGCACUCAGCAUCUUUAACUUGAAACUGGUUAAGAACAGACUGUCCGUUUUAGUCUUCACUGAGAGUAAAAGUAUUGUUUUAAAUAAUGAAAAAUUCUCAGAGGCUGCUGAUCCUCUGCAGCUGAUUGUAAUUUUAAAUGUUUGUUUGUGUUGCUGCUCUUAAUGUUGAAAUAAAUGUAUCAAUCAAACCCUCA